GAAGGAGGAAGAGGAUGAAAAGGAGGAAGAGGAGGAGGAGUCACUACAAGAAGAGGAAGGGUGCAGUGUUGCUGCUCUGGGAAAAAAAAGAUGUCUGUGGAGAUCUUCUCUGCGAGUCCUCCCGCUGGGAACAAUGAGAGUCUUCAAGCCAACAGAGUGGGAGGAAGUAAACCUCUACAUCGCUUUAUGAAGGCACAACCUCAGAGUGUUGGAGUGGCUGUUGUGAUUUUGGGAGUAUCUUUCAUCAUUGCGUCCAUUAUUAUGGCAGUAGAUCAUCCCGCUCACCAUUUGUGGCGAACCACCCCGCUGGGAUACAUCACUGGAAUAAAGUUCAUCGCAUGUGGCGUUCUGUAUAUCAUCACAGAGCACAACCCAACCAAGAAAACUGUCACAGCAUCCUUGGCUCUCAGCAUCGUGACAAUCAUAUUCUCAAGUUUGAUGAUUUUUUUCGUCAUUCCCAACAUUGAAAACCAUUAUGAUAUGAGGAGUUUUGACAUUUAUGCCAUGGACAACACGACUGCUACUAUUGAGGACGACACAUGGGUGUCACAGGCUGAAGCCCUUGGAAUAACAACAGCAGCCAUCUUCAUAUUCUAUGUGUUUGUUGGUCUAAUUAUUGUGUUGGUGAUGUCGGUGCUGGCUGGAGCUGCUCUGCGUUCCACCAAGACUCAGGCCACUGUAGUGUUGUCCACCAUCAAGGCUCAAACACCUGAUCAAUAACACCAUCAAGAUUUCAUCUUAGUGAGUAAUUCCAUAUACCGGAACUGUACUCAUUACACUACACCUGAAUUUAUACUAGCAAUAAUAUUUAAAAUGUACCACUCAUUUACUACAACUUCAUGAAGUCAUACACGGGUUGACUAUAAAAUGGUUAUCUAAUAAUGAUAAUAAAUCUACAAUAAAAAAAUACAUAUAUUUUAUAUCUUAUUUAAAUAUAUGAGAAUGCUAAAUAAUACUGUAAAUAACUAAGUCAUGAUUGUUUUUUCAAUGGAUGAAAGUAUAACAAGAUUGCACAAUAUAAAACUGUUUUAAAAGACUAAUAUUUAAUUAAUAUUUAAUAAGAGUGUUGGUAAUAACCAAUUCACCUUUUGUUAAUGUAUUUAUUUUUUAAUAAAAUAAUACUUGUAUGAAAUCAUAUUUGAGUUGAGUGUGAAAUUACAUAAUAUAGUUAUGGUAGAACACGUUUGUAUUUUUAUGUAGAACAUUAAAAACAACCUUUUUGUAAUCUGCGCAUGGAAAAAAGAAGUGAUGUUUUUUAUUCAAUAUAUUUUGGUGUCCAGGCCAGGGGAUAAUGUCAUCCCUCAUCCAAAAUCAGCCGGGCUAGGCUCCAGUUCCCCCGUGACCCUGAACAGGAAAAAUGUCUUACAAUGCUUUUUAAUAUCUUGUAUAACAGGAAUGGUUUUGGGAUGGACUGUCAUCACUGAGAACACAAGAUGGCACAUGAAAUACCUCUGUGAAGAAACAGGACCUUUUCAUGUAAUAAUGCGUCAACUUGUAUAUGUCGUGUUCUCUGACAAUGUAGAAUGUAAAAGUUAAGCAUUGUGUUAUUCUGCAAAAUCCUGCUUCUUAUUGCCGUAUAAACAUAUUUACUGUGUAUGUCUAAGUCUAAGUAUGCAGUGUUAUUUGGUAUUCAAAUGUAAAUAAACUGUCUUGUGACA